GAGAGAGAGAGAGAGAUGGAAGAAGUGGUAAUAGUGGGAGCAGGGAUAGCAGGGUUAGCUACAGCAGUGGCUCUAAAGAGAGUGGGAAUUAAGGCAUUGGUUUUGGAGAGAUGGGAUGGGCUUAGAGCCACCGGUGCAGCCUUGAGUCUCCUCCCAAAUGCUUGGCGUGCGCUUGAUGCCUUGGGUGUUUCACACAAGCUUACAAUCUAUAGCCCGCCUAAAAAGUCAUAUGUAACCAAUUUGGAAACUGGAGCAAUUCAAGAAGUCCCCUUCGGUGGAACUAAUGCUGGUGGUCAUCAAAGUGGGCCCAAAUCAGUACACCGAAAGGCCUUACUCGAGGCUUUGGGAGAGGAAUUGCAAGCCGACUCUAUCCGCUUUUCAUCCAAGAUCAACGGCAUCGGGUCAAUAACACAUGAAGGUUCUUCUAUUGCUGUUCUUUAUAUGGAAGAUGGAAGUAUCAUCAAAGCAAAGGUUUUGAUAGGUUGUGAUGGGGUGCACUCGGCGGUGGCAACCUGGUUGGGACUCGCUUCACCUGUCGACGCGGGUCGAACAGUUGUGCGGGGCUUGGCUGUAUUUCCUCAAGGCCAUGGACUGAAACAUGAACUCCAACAGUUUGUAGGUUCAGGAACCAGGUCGGGUUUUCUUCCCGUCACUGACAGAGAUAUCUUUUGGUUCUAUGGUUGUUCAACUCCACCUAAAGGGGCGGAUCACGUGGCUAGGGACCCGAAACUAAUACAGAGAGAAAUAAUCGAGAACUAUGCCAAGGACUUUCCUGAACUAUAUCUAGACAUUGUCAAGCACUCUGAUCUUUCUACUGUGCACUGGGCUCAAUUGGUCUACAGGCAGCCAUGGAAUGUAGCAUUUGGGAACUUAAGCAACCAAAACGUCACGGUGGCAGGCGACGCCAUGCACCCCAUGACACCGGACUUGGCACAGGGCGGUUGCUCGGCACUUGAAGAUGCUGUGGUCCUAGGCAGGCACAUUGGAACAUCCUUCAUAAAAAAUGGUGGCCUUGUACCCAGUGAAGUUCCUAAAGUUUUGGCGAAUUAUGUCGAGGAAAGGAGGUGGCGCGCCGUUUUGUUGAUCAUAGGAUCAUAUUUUUCAGGGUGGGUGCAACAAGGUGGUUCUUCAUGGGCUGUUAAGUUCUUCAGGGAUUCAAUAUUUUACAGAUUUCUUUUCCGCAUGCUUGCUAGUGUUACACAAUAUGAUUGUGGCAAACUUCCUACUAUAUAAAAAAUAAAAUAAAAAAAGCAGAUCACACGUCAAGUGUCCGAACCUAUUUCAGGCGCAGAUAUAGAAAUAAGUUAGGAUUGAAUUUAAUGUUAGGGAAUCAAAUGGAUUGAUUUUGUAUUGGUUUCCCAUUUUUAAUUAUUGUACUUGAUCCAUAAAUUGGCUACAGUAUUACACGAAAAUUCAGACAUGGUUUAUGAAUAUUGAAUAAAGAAGUUUUCCCUCUUGAA